UGUACUGCUCAAAUGAAUCACCCCAGUAUAUGCUUCAGUGCCUCGAUGUGGGGGCGGCAGAUUACUUGAUAAAACCACUUUGUCAGGAUGUUAUAAAAACGUUAUUUUUGAAUAUCCACCGCUACCACACCAGUAAAGUGUCGACCUGUACCAUUCAUCCCUUUACCAAGUUGAAUAGUGAAAACAUGUCGCCUUCACUGCAAGAUCGUUUGAAGUCCACGUUUGUGAAAGAUACUACAUGGUAAACUUUAUAUCCUAUGACCCUAUCCAAUUUUUUUCUCCCGACAAUUUGUGCUCAACUGGGUGUUUGCAUCUAGGCUAUCGGAGAUGAUGAUUCAGCAUUAUACCCCAGCUCAAAGUUUUAGGGAUCCUAGUCUGUUAACGAUGUCAAGCCAUUCUACCCAACUAUCGAGUGACCUUGAAGCUAGUUUAAAGCGACGACUAUGUAGCUGGGACUUUCUGUCACUGGACAUGAAUGAUCAAGAAUUGAUACACUGUGUCUACCUCAUCUUUGACCAAGUCUUGUCAUUGCCUGAGUUGCAGCACUUGAACCUAACCAAAGAUCAAUUGUACGACUUCAUUCAAGAUAUUUACAACUCGUAUCACAAAUCAAACCCUUAUCAUAACUUCAAACAUGCUGUCGAUGUCCUUCAGUCUUCUUAUUAUUUUCUAUGCAAACUGGGUGCGCUCGACCCUAUGGCCUCCAACUUUGUUCGACCCGCUCGACGACGCAUGGCAACGUGGCAUAUCGAUCAAUUAUUGCGCCCAAAAGAUAUAUUUGCUUUGUUGAUUGCGAGUAUUGGGCACGAUGUUGGCCAUCCUGGUGUAAAUAACAUGUUUAUGAUCAACACAAGCAACCCGUUGGCUAUACUGUACAAUGACCGUUCUGUAUUGGAAAGCUUUCAUUCCAUGGCUUUGUUCCAAAUCAUAACCAAACACAAGUUUGUCGAUACCACACAAGGUCCUGAAUACAUGCAGUUCCGUAAAACCGUUGUGCACUCCAUCUUGGCCACGGAUAUGGGACUACACGGCGAAUACGUUGCUAAAAUCAAUGAUCAGCUGAAGCGACUUCGAACGAAAGGCUUGGAUUUGACGGAUGAAGCAGCGUGUGAUCAAGAGCGACUCAUUAUUUGUGGUGCUUUGAUCAAGUGCGCUGAUAUCAGCAAUUGUACUCGACCUUUCAUGGAAGCCAAAAGUUGGGCAGAAGCACUCGUCGACGAGUUUUCAAAUCAAGGUGACCUCGAAAGAGAACUUGGAUUGCCCGUUCUCCCUGUAAAUGAUCGAGGCAAGGUGGCUCUGGAAGAUUUCCAACUGGGCUUUAUCCGACAUGUGGCUAUCAACCUUUUCCAGUCGGUGGCCAAUGUCAUUCCUGAGAUGACCUAUUGUGUUGACUAUAUGCAGCAAAAUGCCAAAAUAUGGGAGUCUCGAAAAUACGAAGGUCAUGAUUCUGGAGUGGGUGAUUCACAGUCGGAAAAAGAUGACGUUGAUCGAUUAUCGCAUGUUCCUGCACUUGAAGAACCUGUUGAAGAUAACGACUCCGAUGAUCGAAACUCUUGUCGAAGAUCGUCCAUUCACAGACCCAGUUCGGCCCACUUGAUGUAUCCUGACGCAUCCAAUGCCAACUCUCGACUGAUGGUCACGUCGCCAAAGUUAUAUCCGGAAUAUAAACACCCAAACGACCAUGACCAUCCUUACAUCCAGCAGUCAGACCCUGUUCGAGGCUACACUAUUGUCGACAGUCCAACGUUUACCGAUGAAGACAAAGCGAGUCUACAAGACAGAUCUAUUCACAAAUCCUCCUUUUCAAGAUGGCGGCAACGUCGCAAUUUGGAUACCUGUCAAUGUUGCAUCCAGUAACCCCCACCAAAAAUCUCAAAAGAAAAAAAAUCAGAAAAACAAAAAGGAAGCGUCAUUGGUUGGCACUUCUUGUUCUAUUUUCUUGUACAAAGCAUUCAUUUUCUUCCCGUCAUUUUUUUUUCUUUUCCUUUUAUAAUUUUUUUUCUUGUAUGCAUCCCAUGUCCUUGGUUUGCCAUACUCUGUAGAUCACAUAGAUUGUAUACUUUGUCUGUUUCUAUAAA